AUGAACAGUGCAACAAGCCUACAAUGUAUAUUUAUGCUGUUUAUUUUAUGCAUUGUGCGUUUGGGAUAUUGUGCUCCCCAAAAUGAAGAUGAUGUGACCAAUAUCACUAGUAAUCCGCCAGUUGAUCAACCCAAAGACAUGGAAUCAUAUUCGGCGGCUGAAAUGUGCAGCAAUUAUUCGAAGUUGAUUUACAAAUAUAUUAAGGAUCCAGCAUUACUUGAUUAUGAGGAUGAGGUAUUAAUCGAAGUUAAAGAUUGUCUGAAUUCCUUAACCUUAAUCGUUAACGGCACGAAGGCAGAACCAAAAGAAUUUCCACACAUGGCUUUGUUGGGUUAUAGCAGGUAUCCAAGUAGUGAAACAUGGGCCUGCGGUGGAUCACUGAUCAGCAAUAGGUGGAUCCUGUCCGCAGCACACUGUGAAAGACUAGACAAUACAACGCUCGUGCGCUGGGCACGUGUGGGAGAUCUGAACUAUUUGUCGGAAACCGACGACGCUAGACCGAUGGACUACCAAAUCGAUCAACGUAUAGUGCACCCGGAUUAUAUGAAACCUUCCUUGUACAACGAUAUAGCGUUGUUCCAUUUGGACCAGGACGUGCUGUUUUCGUCGUACGUACGGCCCAUUUGUCUUAAUGGAGAUCAAAACUGGCAGCCGGGUCCCACGAAGAUUGUGAUAGCUACUGGUUGGGGACAGAUCGAAAACGCUGGAGCAAAAAGUCCUGAUCUGUUAAGAGUUACUUUGGACAUCAUCCCGUCGAGCUUGUGCAAGACCAAUUAUGCGUCGAUUGGUAAAAAACAAUUGAUGCACGGAAUAGUUGAAGACAGCAUGAUAUGCGCGGGCUAUGCUAGUGGUGAAAAAGAUACCUGUGGUGGUGAUUCUGGUGGUCCACUUCAACUUGCGCACUCCACUUACUCGUGCAUGUACACGCAAAUAGGCAUUACGUCGGCCGGUAAGCAGUGCGCCACGAAAGAUUGGCCAGGAAUUUACACGAGAGUGUCUAAGUAUUUGCCGUGGAUCGAACGAAUUGUUUGGCCCAAGUCUCGCUGA